GCCUUCAGGUGCGCGUGCUAGCGAGUGGUAACCGCGCGAACUGUUAGUGCUCCUCCGAAGCCCGUGGUGAGCGCACGGACGGGUCGGCUCGGCUCGGCUCGGCUGUGCGGAGCGCGUACUCCGUGAACGCGCGCGGCGCCCGGCAACGUGAUCGUCGAAUGGUUUCGAGACGAAAACGUGUUUCAAAGCACGUGCCGUUCAUUGCAUUUCGUUUUGGCUUGUUCGUCAGUUUCCGUGCUGUGGUUGUCGCGUGUUACUGUCAGUGUGUGGUUUGUGUGUGGAGAUACUGGUGGUGUCGCUUUGCCGUUCGCCCAUUGCUGCUGGGAGUCUGCUGGAAUAUGUGAUGUCAUUAAUUUUGGAAUUGUGACGUCUGAAGAACCUGGUCUGCAUCUGACGUCUUCAAAGCGCAGCGAACUCCGUGAAAAGGUAAGAACCCGACGCCUGCCGUCGUUUGCGCCACAGCAGUUGGCUGCACUUUGGUUUCUUGGGCAAACGCACCUCUUCCAACGUCUUCACUUUUUCCUCGUCGCGAGCACGCGCUUCCUUUGUGGCGGCUUGCCUCGCACUUUUCGACUCCAGUCGAUCCUCGAAGCACGCUUUCUUGCGACUCUACGUCUUCCCCGUCCCUCUGCGGUGCGAUGUUUCUUGACUCCAAAGCAGUACCCGGUUGGAGGUGUUUUCGCGCAGCCACCGAUGCGAUUUUGUCGAACACUCAUGUCUGCAG